CUUGCAUUGCUGUCAGUAACUAUAAAGAAUUAUUUUGUCUGAUUUUGUAAAGAUGAUGGACAGCAAGGUCAACAGACUGACUCAAGGAAGUCUAUAUUGUUGUGUAUAUUAAAUUCGGAUAUCAAUUACAUGAACACAUCAAUAAUGCAGAGAAUUGAGCAGACAAUAGCAGAGUUUAUAGCACAGACACCUGCAAUUCUGGAAUAUUUUUACCUUUGAGGUGAACACUAAGUUUGGUGCUUAGAAUGUAAAGCUAUAUAGGGUAUUGUUUCGCCACUUUCUUGUUACAAUUAAAAUUAUACUUCACCUUAGCAGUUUAUCAUUUUCACCGUGCAUGUUGUCAUGCUAUGAUGAAGACUCCUACAAACGAUCACUCUUUUUUGUUCAGGCAAAGUAUCUCUCUUUUAAACAGGUCAAACACAAUAUAUUAAUUUCUGUUUCACUAAAUUUUUUUUCUCUAACACGCAGGAGAGUUGCGUGCCAUUGUAUUAUAGAAGAAUAAAGGGUAGAAACCCUAAGUACAAACAACACCGUCAGUUCUUAGCUUACAUGCGUGCCUGUGAUAAGUCUAGAAACGACCACAAAAUAAGCCUAAUCACUAGGUGCUAGGGCAGUCAAGAGGGAAAGCCCUCAAGCCCCAGUCAUACACCAAAAUUGCGCCUCCUCUUCAACAAACAACAAGACACUCGCAAUGUUUGGGGCAACACCAUCAAAAACACGGCUAUUCUGAUGCUUCCAGAGUGUCCAGUCCCCAAGAAUGAUAAGAGAGUUGAGGUCUUUUUGCAUCGGGCCGUUAACCGCAUCACUGGCCCUGCUUCACCAGUCAUCGAAGGACAUGUCUUCAACCGAAGGAGACAGACCAUGAAGGCCAAACCGCUGCAGGAGGCUAAACCAGAAAUGUGUUGCAAAAACACAAUCGGUGAGGAGGUGAUCAAUUGUCUCAUCAACCUGAUCACAGUGAGGGCAGUGCACCAGAUGCGGCAAAUUUCGUCGAGCAAGUCGGUCUGUAGUCCAGCAUCUUUUAUGAACAACCAACCAAAGAAAGAAAUGACAUUUGCCUGGCGCCCAUGAUUUCCAUAUAUGUUCCCAUAGCUGAAAUUGAACAGAGCAAUGGAAAAGGUUUUCAUAAGCUGAUUUGGCUGAGUACUAUCCUGAAGCUGAAAGCCGCCAACGAUGAGUAUCUUCCACACCUAGCUGCAGCACAAUCUCGGAUAGAAUAUCCCAGAGAUCAAGGUACUCAGCAAGAGCGCCAACAGACAUUGCACCUUGAAUGUCCCAAAUCCAAUUGUGCUCCCCUGAAGCUUUACGAACCGUGCGCCUAUUAACUCUUCUUGUAGAGACCGCAACAUUUAACUGGGUGCAAGCUCUGCAAUUCACUGCCCAUGUAGCCACCUGCCCUUCCAGAAUAAGGUAUGCGCACCAUCACCAAUCUCAGUCUCAACUGCCAUGGCAAAGAAAGCACGAACACAUUCAUGCACCUGAAUUGUAAAAACUGACCAAGGCCAUGGUUAAAUAAAUGAGCAUGGCAGUUAGGACAAAUUGAACCUGAACAGCCGGGCCAGCUCUAGUCAUAAGAUCAGCUUUCCACCUAGGCAAUUGAUCUACAAUUCGGUCUAUGAUAGGCCGAAUUUGUGCUUUUGUCAACUUCCGCAAUGAGAGAGGUAUCCCAAGGUAUUUGCCAGGAAAAACUUCCAGCUCACACGGGAGGUGUUCUUGAAUCACAACAACUUCCGUUUCAGUGCAUUGGAUAGGGAAAGCAUUCCUCUUUUGCACAUUUGUCUUGAGACCCGAAGCUUCUCCAAAGAGAUGUAAGACAUCGAGCAUCAAAUCAAUAUCACUAGCUGCUGGGCGGAGAAAGAUGACCACAUCAUCUGCAUAAAACGGCAUUUGAUGCUGAAUGGCCCUAGAAGAGAGAGGCUGCAGCAAGCCGUCCUUCGAAGCACGCGACACCAUAUGACUGACGAUAUCCAUGACCAAAAUAAAGAGCAUCGGUGACAAUUGAUCCCUGUCGUAAUCCUCGCCAGUGUAUGAUAACCUCAUCGGGGAUCCCAUUCAGCAAAACCCGUGUCGACGAAGAAGCCAAUAGCCCACAAAUCUUAUCACACCAAAUGGGUCCAAAACCCAACUUUUUCAAAACUUCAAGAAGGAAAGGCCAAGAAACCGAGUCAAAAGGUUUUGAAAUAUCCAACUUGAGAAGAAAUCAAGGCUGCUUCUAUUGGUGUAAAAAUCUCGCAAUUUGUUACACAAGCAUGAAGUUAUCCUGGAUAAAGCGGCCUUUAAUGAAUGCACUAUGAUUGAGGGAGACCAUUUGUUGGAGCCGGCCGGCCAACCUAUUAGCCAAUAACUUGGUAAUAAGCUUAGCAAAACUAUGCACAAGGCUUAUAGGCCGAAAGUUAGUGACAUGCUUCGCCUCUUCUUUUUUUGGAAGAAGAAUAAUAUAGGUAGUGUUGAGCAACUAGAAAUUGCUGAAUUUUCUGCUCCAAACAGCCGAUAUGGCAGCCAUAAUAACCCCUUGAUGAUUGGCCAACAGAAUUUGGACGGUAGAUGUUUAAUUGUAUUCAAAACCUCGUCUUCAGAAAUGGGAGAAUCCAGAUCAGUGAGCUCAUGAGAUGCUAUGCCCAACCUAUCAAGGUCAAUAGUGUGAUCCCUAUUCGUAUAGGAGUCCAAUAGAUCACUAUAAAAAUCAUAGAUCACCAUUGCCUUAUCCUCAUGACUAGUGAUAAUCUGUUCAUCAGAAGUGAGCUUAGCAAUGAAAUUCUUUCUCUUGUGGUGUCGGGCAUCCCUAUCACUAAGCCAACUGAUCCUAGAGCGAAGCCUCGCAAUCGUCUGCAUGAGAGAAGCUAAAGCAAGACAAUGCUUUUUAAGACAGUCACACAACCAAAUCUCAGUGGGGGAUAGAAGGCGGCUGUCUUGUGCCAUUUCCAACUUAUGCAAAACCUCCUUGGCAAGCCUGAACUGUGAGCUGACAUGAUCAACCUUCUUUUGACUCCAACUUUGCAAGCCUCUAGCAGCAGCUUUAAAUUUUAGAGACAAAGUUUCCAUGGGCUAGGAACGCACAGGGACAAAGGACCAUGCAUGCUCAACUGCCACAUGAAAACCAUCUAGCUUCAGACAAAAAGAUUCAAAGUGGAACCUCCUCUUUCCUGGUUUGUUAUCUCGUAGCCCAAGGAGUAAAGGACAAUGAUCAGAAUCUUCGGUUGCUGCACUAUGUAGCAAACAAUUUGGGAAGAGUUGCUCCCAAUCCACUGAGCAAAAGACUAUCAAGCUUGACUAACGUAGGUGAAUCUUGCCCAUUAGACCAAGUGAAUAUACGACCAUGUAAGGGCAAUUUCUUGUGGGCCAAAUCAUCAAUGAAUUGUCUGAAACGACCCAUCAUAGCAUGAUUUAAAUUGUCAUUGUUCUUGUCUUCAUCUUUAUAAAUGAGGUUAAAGUCUCCGGCCACAACCCACGGACCCAGACAGACUGCUUGAAUAUCCCGAAGUUCUUGCAGAAAGAGAAUCUUGUUAUUAUUACGUUGUGGUUUGUAAACACAGGUCAACCACCAAGCUUGUUGAUCAGUAGGACAGAGUUGACCUGUGACGCUAUAGGCAUCAAUCUGACUAGAAACAACAGGGCCAAUUCGAUUUCGCCAUGCAAUUAGAAUUCCACCAUUAGCACCGGCAGAUGGAAGCUCAACAAUAUUGCCAAAAUCAGAACCAACCAUAGACAUAAUCACCCGUUGAGAGAUCGCAACCAUCUUGGUCUCCUGGAGACAUAUAAUAUCCGCCCUCGAUGAGUCCACAAUGGCACACACGGAGUCCUGUCGUGCCGUAGAAUUAAGGCCCCGCACAUUCCAAAUAAUAAUAUUUGACAGAAUCAUUGCAAAAUGGGGGAAAGAAAACGACCAAGAUUACACGCAAUUAAGAGCACCAAGUCGUCACCCGGAACGAAGAGAGAUCACGAUGAUCGGCUGUGUCUGGAUGAAGAUCACUUAUCCAACACAACUCAUUAAGUAAUUGCUCGGCAGUUGAGAGUUCCCAAGCACGAGCUGGGAUACCGCGAAUCUCGAUGUCAACAAGGAUUGGCAAAACCGCACCAGUGGAGUGGGCAUGCCUUGUCCAGCGUGUAAAAUGUAGCCGAAAAGAGGAAGUGGUGAGAGGCUGCCCCCCAUUGUAGACGAGCUCGGCCACAACAUCAUCAGGGAGAGAUAGCAGAAAGACCUCAGACAUGGUGCGGUGAGUCACCAAUGCAUUGGCAUCUAGGUUGAAGCUCCAGGAAAUUUCAAUCACCAGCAUGUCCCCAAGAACUACCGACUUGUUGCCGACCAUCGAGACGAACAGAGCAUGACACAAUUCAUCUUCUCUACGCACAAUGCUGGUAAAACGGUCGAUGACACGUUGUGGCUUGAUUGCCAGUCCAGUGGCGGCGGCUGUUGAAUCGUCAUCACCAGAGGUCCUAGGGGAAAGCGCGCUGGCCCUGUUGGUGCAAUCGUCAGAACGACGGAGGAGGCGGACCUGCAGGAUCACAGCCAGCGGCACGCUGACUGCAGACCCUGCGGCGUGGCCGCCUAUCGCGAACUCCAGAAACAGCAUCAACAUCAGCCAUCGUCGAGCGCAUGCCAUGACGAACAGUGGGAAACUCAUCCAUCACCUCGGCAGGGUGGACUUGGAAAGAAAGCCAGCUCCAGGCCGAACAAAAAGCCGUCCACGGGGGGUGGCCAGCCGUCGGUGGGGAGUGAGGAACGGCGCGGAGUCAAGGACAAGUGUGAGAGUGGUGACCUAGAGCUAAGCAGCGAAAGCACCUCGUCCGUCGUAGACAGUCCGCCGCCCGAUGAUCGUCGCCAAGAUAGUUAGACACUUUCCCCGAAGAUCGAUUGGGACAGGUCGUCGGGGGCACCACAUGGAGCGCUUGAUCCGUCGUCGCUCCCGUUUGUUGACUACACGUUGCCACCCCACUUCAUCAGGUCCACGCUUUGAAGCCGCCACUCGGGUCUCCAUGUAGCGGGCAGGCAAACAAGGGCCAGGGUCACGAGGCGCAAGUUCGCGCCAUCACCACCACACCAAUGUGCUGGGCCGAGCGCCAGCGGCCUUGAUGUGCCUCUGAGGGAUGGCCAGGGGAGGUGACGCUGUAGGGCUCGCCAAGACACCCCCCCGAGAGGCAAACAGGGGAGACGUUGCAGGACCCACCGGCUUGCCUACAAUCACCACAUCCCUGAACGACACCGGAGGCGGGUCAGCUCUUGCAGAGCCAAAGGAAGGCAGCGGCGGUGGCGACAAACUGAUGUCUCGCCAUCGCAACUCCUUGGAACAACCAGCUGGGUAAUACGGCUGCGUGAGAGGGGAGAGCGACGCCGACCCGCAGGGAGGAGAGGGUAUGGCCGACUCCGGUGAGAUGGGCAGUGAGGUGGCCACCGUGUCCUGGGCAGAAUCCGACGUGGAGCUGGUAAGCGGGCUGGGGUUGGCACAGUGGGAGGGGAGGAGACGGAUAGGAGACGAGAUGUUUGCCAUUUAGGGCCAACUCCCCCAGACACUUCCCUGUUUCAUUGAAUCAUUCCAAAGGGGCUAAUAUUCAUCAAAUCGGUUGAAGUAUUCAUUUUUGUUUUCUAAGAGCAAUGUAGAAAUAAUGAUUGGUUCAUGACACUAACAAACAAGUUGGAUUGUAGGACAGGCACAUAAAAAAAGGGUAGAAAUGUCCAGAGAAGCUUUCCAGACACACCUCCACAUUUAUCGCUUGUAUGCUGUAAGUUGUUACUGUGGAAAUCAAGAGAAAAGUGCCAUGUCCUGCUCAGUUUUGAGAUACAAGAGAUAAUAGUUAAUAUAAAAUUAGGUGAACUGUGGACCGGAAGAAUGGAAGAAAAUGAUAUCCAACAGGCUGACUCAUCUCAAAUUGUACCUUUAUCUUCGCCAAAAUCUUUUCAAAGUUCGAUAGAGUAUAAGCUAAUUGAAAGUACUGAUGAAGAUGACCGUAAUAACCUUCAGAAGACACAAAGAGCCAGUUUUGAGGCAUCAAUGCAGCAAGACCUUCCGAUGAGCCUCAUAAUGACCGAAAACAAAAGCAAUUUGCAGCAAAUUUCAGUUGAACAAAAAGUUCCUAUUGGUGAUUCUGUAUCCCUUUCACCAAAUGUUGACAGCAGUGAAUUGCCAUCAGCCAAUGAAGUUCCUGAUGAUUUUCCAUCUUCCUCUGAUGAAGCUUAUGAAUCAAAAGAAGCCCAAGAUGAUUCUAUCACAAUGCAAUCUUCAGAAGUAAACGUCUGUGCAGCAUCACAAUCUUUGCUUGGUUUAAGAGAAGGGGUCCAAGAUGAUGCUUCUUGUACUGAUUCUGAUAAAGUUGCUUGUGAAACACCACCUGCCAUCCUAAAAGGGGUAAGAGAAGAUAAGCCACAGGUUGUUCAUAGAUUGAAGAAGCGCCAAAUGAGCAUAGGAGACACACGACAAAAGGUGCCUACACCUGUGAGCAGAUCGAUCAGUGGGAUGUACUUGAGAACGGAUAAAACUAUUGUUGAUACUAUGACCCACAUUGAAUCAGUAAAGGUCGCUGCCUCAAAAUUUGGUGGAAGCAUCAACUGGAAAACUCGCAGAACACAGCUAGCUCAGGAGAGUGGCCAUAUCGUACUUGAGCUUGAUAAGCUGAAGAACAAAAUUUCAGAAUGUAAACAUCAAGCAGAAGCUGUAGAGGCUGCAAAGUUGUCAGUAUUAAAUGAGCUUGAGAGAACAAGUAAGCUUAUUGAAGAGCUGAAACAUGUCCUAGAGAAGCAACAAGCUGAAGAGGUCGAUGCCAAGGAGGACUUGGAGUUGUUUCAAUUUAGUUUAGAAGAGAUGGAGGGAGUUGCCAGUGAUGAUAGUGUUGUGGUCAAAGAGAAAUUGAAGAUUAUCCGAGAACGACAUGAAGCAUUGGUUGCCAAAUUGAUGUUGGUGAAAGAUGAGUCCAGAAAAGUGCAGGAGGAUUAUGGUUCUUUACUGAUUGAAGGGGGUAUUUCCAUUAGAAAAGCUCAGGAAGCCUUCACAUUGUCCAAAGAGGCUGAGAGACAAGUAGAGGAUCUCUCUGUGGAGCUCAAACAACUGAAGGGUGCGUUGCAUUUGGCUCAUGCCUCAUGCCAUGAUGCUGAAGAACGCAAGAAAGGCACGUCCAUGGCUCGAGAUGAGGAUUGCUUUAUAUGGGAAAAGGAUCUCAGGCAAGCAGAAGAGGAGCUGGAUCAAUUCGACAAGAAGCUUUCUUCUAUUGAAGAACUGGAAUCAAAGCUUGAUGCAUCAUCCAGCUUGUUGCUCAAUCUCAAGAAUGAGCUGGUCACCUAUAUGGAGGCAAACCUAAUUGAGGAAGCACGAGAACAAGAAAGUGGAACUCAUAAAUCCAUGCAAGAAGAAGACAUUUUAUCGAGAAAUGAGCUCGAGGAGCACAGGAGAAGCAUAGCUGAGGUGAGAGAUGAAUUAUGUGCUCUGGAAGUUACUGCUGCAUCGCUCAAAUCAGAGUUGAACAUAGAGAAAGCAGCACUUGCCACCAUGCAGCAGAAGGAAACGAUGGCAUCCAUAACCGUUUCCUCUCUCAAGCUGGAAAUUAAACUAUCACUGAAGGAACUUGAAGCAGUUCAAGCCAAGGAGGAGUGCCAAGAUAGAAUGGUUGAGUUGCCCAAGGUUCUGCAAGAUGCAGUCCAGGAAGCUGACAAGGCUAAGUCUAUCGCUACCAAGGCACAGGAGAAACUAAGAAAGACCAAGGAGGAAGUGGAGCAGGCGAAGGCUGCUCUGAGCACUAUGGAAUUAAGGCUUCAAGCAGUUCAGAGGGAGAUAGAAACAGAGAAAGAGUCUGAGAGGCUGGCACUUGAUGCUCUCAGAGCAUUGGAGGACACCAAGGUUGCAGUAAACAUAGAACAACAAUGCUCUCCUCGGAUGAUCAUGCUUGACUUGGAUAAGUACGCAUCUCUGAUCGAGAAGUCCCACCGAGCAGAAGAGCUUGUGCAAGAGAGGACAGCUGCUGCCAUUGCACAGGUCGAGGCAGCCAAGGCGUCCGAGUCGCGCACCUUAUCAAGACUGAACCAGAUCUUCAAGGCCUUGGAAGAACGAAAGCAUGCAUUGCUCGCUGCCACAGAGCAGUCCGACAGGGCCACCGAAGGCAAGCUGGCCAUGGAGCAAGAACUGAGGAAAUGGAGAGAGGAGAACGGGAAGCGCCGCAAGGCCUGUGAAACCUCGAAAUCUGGAGCGGAAACUGCAGAGAUCAUCAUUGGGCACAAUGGAGACAGGAAGGGCACAAGCAAGGAAGAUGGUUUCGCCUCGGUCCAUCCGCUGCCGGACGUGUCCGGGAGGAGCAGCCCUAACGACUUGGCCUUGCAUGCGAAGAUGGAUAAAGCAAAGAAGCUGUCGUUCUUCCCGCGCAUCAUCAUGUUCCUGGGCAGGAGGCGGCUUAAAGCUGCGAAAUAACAAAUUGCGCUACCCUUUUUGGUGAGAAGGUGCUGCAGAUAUUCUCAGAUGCUGCAUGCGCGCUCGCAGUUGCGCUGUGAAGUUUCCUUAGGGUUGGUGGUACGAGGGUGAAGUUUUGGAACUUGUAACUUAUGCGAUGACAUGUUGUUUGUGUUGCAAGUACUAAAGUUCUGAUAUUGCUGAGAAGCUGCGCCUAGCGCAGUUGGUCAGUGCGUGUUGUUGCACUUGUGUCACCCGCGUUCGAGCCUGCUCGACGUUGGUUCUAUCUAAUUUCACAGAAGGGGUUUCCCUCCUGUAUUUUUCCCUAAAAAAAAUAAAGAUUGCUGGCGUAAUAUUUUGUUUGUUGAAGAAGAUGCUUUUGUUCUGUAAACAA